AUGGGGAAAGUAGUAACUUACUUGAUAUCAGGUUUGUCUGUAUGUGUUUACUCGCAUAUGCUGGCUUUUUCCGCAUUUCCGAGCUUUUAAGCAUUAGGAGAUCUAAUAUUGUAACUGAAGAUCUCUAUCAUAAGAUUUUCAUAGAAGUUAGCAAGACUGAUAGGUACAAAGAGGGUUCCUGGGUUUAUAUUGCCAAGACUGGCAAUUUUACUUGCCCUUAUACAUACCUUAUUAAGUACUUAGAAGCUGCCAGGAUUCCUUCUUUUUCUCAGAAUUUCAUUUUCAGAUCCUUACGGUACGACAAGGAUUUGAAGGGCAAUGUCUUGUCUUCAAAGCCCCUCACUGCCAGCAGGGCGGGAGAAAUUCUUAAGGGGAAGCUGAAAGCUAUUGGAUUAGACCCUUCUAAGUUUAGUAGUCACAGCUUUAGGUCCGGAGGAGCUACUUCCGCUGCUAAUCUGUAUGUUCCAGAUCGGCUUUUCAAAGUUCACGGAAGGUGGAAGUCAGAUUCAGCUAAAGACGGCUACGUCCAC